GUGAAUGCAGCUCAACGAUGCGGGCGAGGUUCGCGUCCUUUUUCUGAUUAACUCAACCAAUCAGAUUGCUCAGUUACGUCAUCACCGGAAGUGAAGUACCGACCAAGGACACCAGUCAAAGUUCUGGGUUAGCCGUGCUCUAGAAUGAGGCAUGGAGGAUGAGAGGAGAACAAGGGUGGUCCUUCUGGCGUGUGGGUCCUUUAACCCUGUCACCAACAUGCACUUGAGGAUGUUUGAACUGGCCCGAGAUCACCUGGAGGACACAGGGCGCUACAAGGUGGUGAAAGGCAUCAUCUCUACAGUUGGGGAUGGUUACAAGAAGAAAGGGCUGAUUGAGGCUUUCCAUCGUGUGAAAAUGGCCAGACUGGCCACUGACAACUCCGAGUGGAUCACUGUGGAUGCGUGGGAAAGCUUGCAGCCUGAGUGGGUGGAGACAGCCAAAGUGAUUCGGCAUCAUUGCUCACAGCUGACAGCAGACAGUGAGCAGGGCGGUGACAACGUAGACACCGUCAAGUACGCCAAAAAGAGACGCAUUGAAGAGAAUUAUGUUGAGAGUGCAUCUCAUCACAACAAUGAAGAUAUUAACCCUUGCUUGAGACAGAUUGCUUUGAAAUUGAAACUGAAGAAAGUGAUUGAUCAGCAAGGCGACCAGUGCACCAUCAAAACAUGCAGCGUCUUGCGAAACUACACCCUCUCCUUCACAGUGUGCCAAGAGUUUGAGGAGUUCACAAUGGGGUUAGACAACAGGCACAUGAAGACACUGGUGACCUGGGAGGGAAACAAGCUGGUCUGUCAACAGACUGGUGAGAAGAAGAACAGAGGAUGGAUUCACUGGGUUGAAGAGGACAAGCUUCACCUGGAGUUAUUUUGUGAAGGACAAAUCUGCAAGCAGGUUUUCAAGAGACGCUGUAGUGGUUGAAAUUCAUCAAGAUCCGAACAAGGGAUAACAACAAGAGUCUAGGGUAGUGAAGUCUUUAAAAAAUUGACUUUCAUGUUAUAAUUAAUUGAAGACUUCAUUGUAAGGACAUGUGUUUCACCACAAGAGGGCAACCUUGGCCGUUGGAUAAUGUUUGUCCAAUUUAGCAACAUGGUGCUAGAGUUCUGCAUUAUUGCAUGCCCCGGAUCAGAAGAUUUUGUUUAGUUCUACAUUUUUAUGUCUGUAGUUUUAUGAGACAAUUGUGAGAUUAAACAUUUUCUUUAUCAACACACUUUAACCCAGGGGCUUUCAAAAUGUUUCAAGGUAUCUGCUAAUCCCAGACUGUUAACUCGCUCAUGUACGGAGCCAAAAAGAAAUAAAUUUUGCAUUUGUGUUUCUUUGUUUUCUUUUUCUUUUUCUUUAUUUUUAUCAUGCUGCACCUUCCCUGAAAUCUUGUGCAGGCUCCUCACAGGGGAGGCCCGCCUUUACACAUGUAUGUGUAUAUGACACAAAUUAU